AUGACAUUGAAGUGAAGAUCCUCAUGCAUGUCCUGUCUUGUUUUGUUCCUGAAAAGAAAAUAGUUUUAUAUUUUUAGAUAAUUUUAAGUAUUUUUAUUUAAUGUUAGACAGUCAUAAAAUUGUAAUUAAAAUAUGGCAGUUGGGGCCGAUAUUAUCGUCGAUUUAUCGGACAACGAUGACGAUGAUUGUGUAUUAGAAGCCAUAAUCUAUAAUUCAAAAAGCAAAAAACAGAAAGUAUCAGUAAAUUGUGAUCAUAUUUUCAAAGAAAAUCCACUGUUAGCGGAAGUUAUUGAAAAAUGUCUAAACUUGGAAAACACAGAAGGGAUGCAAAAUGUGUUGUAUAAAACGUUACUAGACAUUUACAAAAGAGCAAAUCCUGAGUUCAAAUUAUCAUCUGAUUUUCAAACAAUUUUGAAAAGAACUUUGAUCAAUCUAGACAAAGAUCCUGGCCACAAAUAUUCACAUAUACAAGAAUUGUGUAAUGCGUUAAGAGGCAGGAGGAGUAAAUUAAUAAGAAUGAAACGUGCACAAUUGAUAAAAUUAGACAGGGAAGAACCUAAACAGCCAGUCCACCAAGCUUCAUCUGAAUUAAAACGAACAAAUCUGUAUGAUAAGAGAUGUAAAAGACAUAAGCCUGAUAUAAUAGAUCUGGAUAAUUAUGAAGAGAUUCCUACAAUUAAUUUAGAUCAAAAUGAUACAGACAAUGACAGCCCUAUUAUAAUUGAUGAUGAAAAAGAAAACCAAAGAUCCGAAAUAAUUAAUAACUGCUCUACAGAAACAAUUAUAGAUGUGUCUAAGUACGAGGAUCUAAAUGGAAAUCACACAAAUAAAGAAAAUGUGGAAAAAACUAAUGAUAUUUUAACUCUCAUGAAUAAUAUAGUACAGACUGGAAACACGCAAGAAAAUCAAGUAACAGCUAUAGAAAAUAGGAGUUGCAUUUCCAACGAAAAUGCAGAAGAAAGAUUGGUUAAUACUAUAGAUGAGGAUAAUAAUAUUCCUGAAAGUCCAGAAAAGCUAUUAUUACCUCGAACAGUGUCUACUAUAGACUUGGUAGAAGAGGAACCUACGAGUAUGUCAAAUGCAGAAAAAAUUAAGCACAUUGAGCUGGAAAUAGCAGAGUACAAACAAUUAAUAGCCAUUUUGGAUGAGGAAGAAGUCACUGAUGAUAGUACCCAUUCGCCUUAUAUAAGGAGUGAAAAAUUAAAAGAGAAAAUAGUAUUACUAUACAAAGAGUUGUGUGCCAUAACUGGAGCAGAAGUCACCAAGAGGCGAGAGGUGACUCUAACCGUCAUUGAAGGCCACCCGCCAGGCCCUGUGAAAAGGCUCCAGAGGUUACUCAAUAGUAAUAUAGGUAGUGAUGGCAAUCCACCGUUCCCAGACUUCAGUGAUGUGGUGACAUGUGUCACUAAAGCGAACAUAAGUGACAAUCUUGGUUGGAAUAAACUGCAAGUUAUGAGAGAAGCGAGCGCGUUGUUCACGCAUUGCGGGCGCGCCUUACAAAAGCGUCGCCAGCAGCGCGAGUGGAACGACCUGCUGUCGCGUGUGAAGGCUGAGCGUAGUAACGAUGACCCCGCCGACCGAGACCCCGAGCUACUGGCGCGCCUCCAGGCCAACAGACGAGUCGCCGUCAAGAGAGAGGCGGAUUUACUUGAGAGGUAUUCAAUGAUGCAGGAUUUACCGCCAGAUUGUGUAAAUACAACAUCGGACAACGAAGCUGAUAAAGUCGGUUCAGUGGAUUGCGGAACUAACUGUGAUAGAGAUGAAGGUUUAGAUCAAAAUGAUUCAUUGCAAAUCAAUAUGCAAAAAAAUAAAACAGUAGCACCUACCAAAGAGAUCAAUACUUUAGAUAGCAACAAAUUAGUCAAUAUUAAUAGUAAUGGUAAUUUAAUACAAGCUACAAAUAAUGCAUUUGUCCCAAAUAGCUGUUUAAUACAAAAUCCAACAUUAGUAAUGCCCACAAUAAUUGCAGAAUCAAUAACUAACAAGUGUUUCACUGAUGAAUUUGGCUUCAAAAUAUUUAAUCCACCGCCAAUCCCACAUGUUGUUGUUCCUGUUCCUACUAUAAGUUUCAUUGUUUCUAAUUUUGGUUUAAAUGUUACUAAUGAACUAAGUUCUGAAAAAGUAAAUUACGAUUUACAAGCAAAACUUUCUGUUGAAUCCACAGUCGGACAUAAUAUUUUUCAGUCAAACGCUGCAAAUGUCAAAAGUCACGUUGAAAUACUAAGCAUUGAACCCAAUGUUGACAAAUUAAAUACUGAAGCAGUUAAUUACGAUUUACAGUGUAAUGUUGCAAAAAAUUCUGUUGAAUCCACAGUGGGAGAUAAUAUUUUUCAGUCAGACGCUGCAAAUGUCAAAAGUCACGUUGAAAUAUUAAGCAUUGAACCCAAUGUUGACAAAUUAAAUGCUGAACCAGUUAAUUAUGAUUUACAGUGCAAUAUUGCGAAUCUUAAUGCGAAAUCUGCUGUACAAGAUUUUCAGUCUAACGCUGCAAAUUGUAUCACUCACGUUGAAAAAGUUAAGUUAGAAACCAAUAUUGAGUCCGCUGUAGAAGAUGAUAAUUUUCAGUCCAAUACUAAAAGUAUCCAUGAAAGAUUGCAGUUUGAACCCAAUGCUGAUUGUAAUUUAAACGAUGGAGAAGUAAAAUUAGAGACUACCGAAGAAACGUCAAGUUUUCCAAAAGUUAAAUUAGAAAACAAUGAUAUAGAUAUCAAACCUGAUCCCACAGAAAAUGUAACAAAACUCUUAAACGAUUUUUGUGAUAACUAUACUGUUACCGUAUUCGAUAUUGAAGAUCCGUUUUUGGUAGUGGAAAUUUCUGACAGUUCAGAUGAUGAUGAGUCGUACUUAUAAUAAAUGUAAACCAGUGGCGUGAACAGGGUUCUUAACUAGGGUAGGCACCAGUGGCGAAGGAUGGAAUUUAGACGAAGGUAAUCCGUUUCAAAGAAAAGGAAAUUCAUUCAGUGUGGUACUAACUCCGGUUUCUCACAUAUAUACAGAUUAAUCUGUGUGUGAGAAACAGUAAAACAAUGAAUAUGCAUGGAAUUUUAAAGGUAACCCGGCGGGAAUCGGCUUGCAUGUACUCUUCGACGCUGGUUGGCACUGUACGUUCAAAUAUUACAAAAUAGAAAAUUCCUCCUCCGAUACUGGUUCGUUAUAAACUGUCAGGGUAUGCAGUGUUUUUAUGCAUGUAUGAAGUGCACGCCACUGAUGAGAACAUCUUAAAUUAUUCUCUCUAUAAAAUAUUUAUUGAGUAUUAUUGUAUGUACCUAUAUGUAAACUUAAAAGGGUGAAAUUAUUCGGUGAAAAUGAUGUAUUUAGAUAAAUUUGUUGUUGAAUUUAUCUACACAGGUGCCCUUUUUUUUAAAAAUUAUUUUAUGCAGUUUUGAAAAUUUUGCAACUUUUCUAGGUGAAAUGAGAACGAACAUUAAUUUUAAAAAUGUUAACUGACUUGUACAUACUACAUGCCUUUCUGUUUUUAUUGUUGAAUUGCCUAAUAAGGUACAAAUAUGUACCUUUGUUAAUUUUUAAGUUAGGUAUAUAACCAUUAUUAUGUUGACAGAUUAUUAUAAAUGUAGGUAGGUCUUUUAUUUAUGUACUCUUUCAUUUUGCGAAUGCAUAUUACAUGUGCAGGUACAAUAUGGUUUGUAAAAUAACCAAUUUCUGUGAUAACAAUACCUAUCUAUCUGUAUAGAUAAUAGGUAGGGGAAAGUCGUCACCCUGUUUAUUAUAGUCUUCUUUUUUUAGCUUUUAUACCUGAGAAUAACAAAUAUAUCUCAGUAGCUUACAAAAAUGUGUAAAAGUAUUGUGUCAAAUGGGAAAAUGUUCAUAAGCCUGUAAGCUUAUGAACAGUUUCCCAUAAAAAUCAUCAUCAUAAAAGAUGUUUGUACGAAUGCUCCCCACAUGUGGGGGCACUUUCGUACAGCGACGUUGAGAUCUCCCGCAAACUCAUUUACGAUUCUUCAGCUUCCCCUGAAUCUUCAUCGCUACAUGAAGCCCCUGUAAACUACGUUUGACUACUUUAAAUCGCUUUCUUAUCUUGCUCUAUUUAUUCAACCCUUUCAUUUAAAAUUUUGACCAAAAUUUUCCUAUAAUAUAGUUUGCAUGAAACAAUUUUUGAAAUGUUUUGCAAUGAUAUUUCAUAAACAUCGCAAUUUUCUAAAUUAAUGGUCAAAACAUAUUUGGUAUGUGACCCCUGUUGUACCGUCCGAAUGGUCCCCAAGCCUUGAAGAAAAAUAAUAUGCACACAAGAGCGGUGUUUUAGUCCCGUUUUGUUUCUUUGUUAUUACUUAUAGGCAUCGUACGAAGGUCCCCUACCUAUAGAUUUUAACUAUUAUUGUAAAAUAAUGUAAGUGCCUAAAUAAAACAUUUUAUGCA